AUGGCGACCGACUCUUCUUUUCCGGUGGUGAAUACCAACAUCGACCUUCGGGGUGAACAGUUUCAAACAAACAAAGAAAGUUGGAAGCUUGUAUUGGACCGCUUUGAGGAAGCCCUUAGGGAGGUUUCUGCAGAAGGAAAUAAUGUUUCCCUGCGAAGACAUCAAAGCCGGGGGCAAUUGCUCCCAAGGGAUCGUGUCGCACUUUUGUUAGACCAAGAUUCACCAUUCUUGGAACUCGGAGCUUUUACUGGAUUUAAUAACGAGAACUCCACCCCCUGCGGAAAUUUGAUUGCAGGAAUUGGCAAUAUUUGUGGACGAGUAUGCCUCCUGAUGUCUCAUAUUCCCACUCAAAGUGGAGGUGCAUGGAAUGAAAUGACCGUGCUGAAAGUCAACCGCAUGAUGGAAAUCGCAUUUGAAAACGAUCUUCCACUGGUGUCGUUGGUUCAAUCUGCUGGUGUUUUCCUUCCUCAACAAUUCCGAGUCUUCCACAAAGGAGGCCAAUUAUUCCGCGACCUGGCUCUUCGCACACGACAUGGAAAGCCAUCAUGUGCCAUUGUGUUUGGGUCUUCGACAGCAGGGGGUGCAUACCACCCAGCACUGUCGGACUACACUAUCUUUGUCGAGAACCAGGCUCAGGCCUUCCUCGGUGGACCUCCACUAGUGAAGAUGGCCACCGGCGAAAUCAUUGGCGCGGAAGAACUGGGCGGUGCCAAAGUUCAUGCAGUGACAACAGGGUUGGCGGACCAAAUCGCAUCUGAUGAGUUUGACGCUAUCCGCAAAGCACGAGAAUGGGUAUCCACGCUUCAAGCACGAACUCCUUCAGUGCCUGGAUUGAUUGAAUCUGCGGAACCGAAAUAUCCUAUCGAGGAUGUUAUUUCAAUUGUAAACCCGGAUAUCCGCAAGCCAUUCGACAUGAAUGAAGUCCUGCUGCGUAUCGUGGAUGACUCCCGUCUCUCCGUCUUCAAACCGAAAUAUGGACCAAAUAUGAUCACGGCGUCGGCUCAUAUCAUGGGUUUUCCCGUGGGAAUUGUCGCCAACCAGCUCUCCGUUAUCAACCCCAAUGAAGCGGCAAAGACCACGCAGUUCAUUCGCAUGUGCAACCAGCAAAAUACCCCCAUCAUUUUCCUUCACAAUGUGACUGGUUUCAUGGUCGGUGCUAAAGCCGAGCAUGCCGGCAUCAUCAAGAUGGGUGCCCAACUGGUCUCGGCGGUGAGUUGCUCGACGGUGCCUCACAUCUCGAUUAUACUUGGUGCUUCCUAUGGAGCUGGCAACUAUGCUAUGUGUGGCAGAGCAUACAGUCCUCGGUUCUUGUUCUCUUGGCCCACUGGCCGUUGCAGUGUGAUGGGACCGGAUCAAUUGGCGGGCGUCAUGGAAAAUGUGCAAAUAGCCAGUGCCAAGUCCAAAGGACAGACUCUCUCACCGGAGAAGCUCAGAACGCAGGUAAACAGCUUUAGGGAAAGAGCCCAAGCAGAUGCAGAGUGUUAUUCGACAAGCUCAAUGUUGAUAGAUGAUGGAAUCAUCGAUCCGCGAGACACGCGUGAUGUGCUGGGGUUAUGCUUGGAGGUGGUGUCGCAACAAGCAGUAACGGGGACAAAGACACACAACCUGCUGGCACGCAUUUGA